CGCAAUGGCUUCAAUUAAAGAACCCAAGGAGAAACCGAGCAUCGAUUCGACAAACACUACAACUUCUAGAUCCGCCGGUUCCACCGAAGACCUCCCCAUCGAAGAAUGGAAGCCCACAAAAGAGCUAUAUGUCAUAUUCCUGACAUUAUGUAUCAUAACACUCGCUGCUGCUCUUGAUGCCACUUCGAUUUCGGUCGCCCUUCCCAUCAUUGCCGAGAAGCUGCAUGGCUCCGCCGUCGAAGCCUUUUGGGCUGGAACAUCGUUCCUUCUCUGUUCGACCGUGUUCCAGCCCGCAUACGGAAGCUUUUCAAACAUAUUUGGACGGAAACCUUUACUCCUAGUCGCAAUUGUGAUUUUCACUGCUGGAUCGCUGGCUGGCGCCCUGGCCAACAACUUCACGGUCCUCUUGAUCGGUCGAUCGCUACAAGGAGUUGGCGCUGGAGGAAUCAUUGCUCUCACGGAGAUCAUAUUGACUGACAUAAUACCUCUUCGCCUUCGCGGACAAUAUUUCGGGAUCUAUUCGAGCAUGUGGGCACUCGGCAGCGUGUGCGGGCCCAUCCUUGGCGGCGGCUUCGCGCAAAACGUCAGUUGGCGAUGGAUCCUCUACAUCAACCUACCCUUCUGUGUCAUCGCCUUCGUCUUCGUGCCGAUCUUCUUGAAACUGAACCAGAAAAUCGACACGGUGUGGGUCAAGCUUGCGCGUGUGGAUUGGAUCGGCACGGUCAUGUUCAUUGCUAGUGUCACGGCCAUUCUCAUUCCCAUCUCGUGGGGAGGUGUCAUGUAUCCGUGGGAUCACUGGAGGGUCUUGGUACCGCUAGUGGUCGGAUUUGCCAGCCUGACUGGCUUCGUGCUGUGGGAGAUCUAUGGAGCGCAGGAGCCGCUGAUCGCGCUGGACAUCUUCAUGAACCGCACUGCAGCCGUAACCUUCUUCGGUACAGUAAUGCACGGUAUCGUGCUUUGGUCGAUGCUUUACUAUCUUCCCCUCUACUUCGAAGCCGUCAAGGAAAUGGGCCCGAUUAUGGCCGGUGUUGCCAUCUUCCCACAAACAUUUACGGUCGCACCGGCAUCUAUCGUCGUCGGUAUCCUCACCACGGUAACUGGACGGUUCCGCUGGGCAGUCUGGACUGGCUGGGUCCUAAUGACCACCGGGAUGGGCCUGAUGUACUUGCUUGAUGUCGACACGUCGACCGUCAAGUGGGUGUUCCUCAACCUAGUUGCUGGUCUCGGCGCGGGUAUGCUCUUUCCCAGCAUGGCGUCGGCAGUCCAGGCCUCAGCUUCGAAUGAAAACAUGGCCAUCGCUGUGGCGGUUUUCUCCUUCCUUCGGACCUUCGGCCAAUCUUUCGGUGUGGCGAUUGGUGGCGUGAUUUUCCAGAACGCCCUGAUCGACGAGUUCAGCAAGUACCCGGGCCUGGACGCCGUGGCCGGCGAUUACGCAAAGGAUGCGGUGGCCCUCGUUCAGCUGAUCAAGAGGAUGCCGGAUUCUCCGACCCGGCAAGCCUUGAUGCAGUCGUAUGCAGACUCGCUCAAGAUGGUGUGGCUGGCUAUGGCGGUGUUUUCCGCAGCGGGAUUGAUUGCCAGUGUCGCCACGGAGGGGCUGAGCUUGGACCGUGUGCUGACGUCGGACCAAGGCAUUCGGAACAAGAAAAAGCCAGUGACUGUGGUUGAUGCAUGAACGCCAUGGUGGCUUUGCUUUUCAGCGGGGUGAGGGAAAUUGGAACAUGAUGGACGGGUACUUAGGUACUAGGCAUAUAGGGUGUAAUUCCGGUUUGCUCUCAUAGUCAUAGAUAUCUCGUUUUCAGAACUUGUUUUUAUCUUUCUUUUAUUUAGAAUAUGUCAGUC